AUGGCGGUUGGAAAAAACAAAAAGAUGGGUAAGAAAGGUGCAAAGAAGAAGGUUGUUGAUCCAUUUACACGUAAGGAGUGGUAUGAUAUCAAAGCACCCUCAAUGUUCAAUGUUCAACAUAUCGGGAAAACGUUGGUGAAUCGUACGCAGGGAACAAAAAUUGCCAGCGAAGGUUUAAAAGGACGUGUCUACGAGGUGUCACUUGGUGAUUUGAACAAUGCUGAAUCGGAAUUUCGAAAGAUGCGUUUGAUAUGUGAGGAUGUUCAGGGUCGAACUUGUCUAACCAAUUUCCAUGGCAUGCGACUUACUCGUGAUAAGCUUUGCUCCAUUGUCAAGAAAUGGCAUACUCUCAUUGAAGCCAACGUCGCAGUCAAAACGUCGGAUGGUUAUUUGUUGCGACUUUUCUGUAUCGGUUUCACGAAAAAAAAUGCGAGGCAACUGAAGAAAACGAGUUAUGCGAAGUCGUCAAAGAUUAGACAGAUCCGGGCUAAAAUGGUAGAAUACAUGCAAAAAGAGGUGCAAGGAAGUGAUCUGAAGGAUGUAUGCCAUAAACUAGUUCCGGAUUCGAUUGGAAAAGAUAUCGAAAAGGCGUGUUCUUAUAUUUAUCCAUUGCAAGAUGUAUGCAUUAGGAAAGUGAAAAUACUGAAGAAACCGAAGUUCGAAAUUGGACGUCUUAUGGAAAUGCAUACAGAUGUCAGUACAUUUACGAGUGCUGAAGGUGAGAAGAUAGAAAGACCGGAUGAUUAUGAGCCUCCCGUACAGGAAUCCGUAUAA